CUUUCCAUACGGCUACAUUUCACGGGGCUAGCAGAGCAAUAUAACAGCCAUUUAAACGCGGAAUCUGUAAGUCUAGCUUUAAAAGUAUAAUCGGACACCAACACAAACAUGUCACACACCAUUCUGCUUGUCCAGCCAACUAAGAGACCAGAGGGGCGAACAUAUGCCGACUACGAGUCAGUCAACGAAUGCAUGGAAGGUGUGUGUAAAAUGUACGAAGAGCACCUGAAGAGGAUGAAUCCCAACAGUCCCUCCAUCACCUAUGACAUCAGCCAGCUGUUUGACUUCAUUGAUGACUUGGCAGACCUCAGCUGUCUAGUGUACCGUGCAGACACUCAGACGUACCAGCCGUACAACAAAGACUGGAUCAAGGAGAAGAUUUACGUGCUCCUGCGGCGUCAGGCCCAACAAGCUGGGAAGUAAAGGCAGGCAGGAAGGGGGGGUAGCCAAGUGGUUGCCCCCAUUGCACAGAUCUAGGGUCAGUUUGCUCUACCACGGUCAGAACCCAAACCACUAGGAGGUAAAAACCCUGAUUCUGGAACAGUGCAUGGGGGCAACUUCAUCAGAUGGGUGUAGGGGUGGGCUUUGGUUUUAUUGGUCUGGGAUAUUACUGGGCUGUAUGAAGGGAGGGGGACAGUGGCCCUGUUCGAGUACACACAAAAAAAAAUUGCAGCCUCCCUUCCUUGAGAAUCACAGAUCUAGAAGUGAUUGGAUAGAUGCGAGCAAGGUUAUCAACCUAUUGCUUUCGCCAAUCCAACCAGAUCAGUGAGUAUUCCAAGGAAGGUAGAAAACAACGAUAUUGAAGGUAUUCGAACAGGGACUGGUCUGGGGGUGGGG